AUGAACUUCUUGCGCAGAGUCGGUGACGUCAUGAACGACGCAUUCGCGGAGUCGGACUCUGAUCCUGCCUCGGACGAGGACGAGGACGGAGUGAGAGCGGAGCGAAGACGCUUCGAGGACGUUGGAGCCUCGGAAGUUGUGGAGCCGAGGACGAGCAAAGACGGGGACGGGGACGACGCUCGGUGGCGACGAAAUGAACUCAUGACCACAGCAUUCACUUUUGGUCGCGACACGCUCGAGAAGCUGAAGGACGUCUCAAAAGGAGUGGGAAAAGAGCUCGCGGAGGGACUACGGGACAUCAAGGAACAAGUCAAGGAGGACUUGGCGACUUUCGGCGAGAGCGAAGAAGAGGAAGAGGAAGGCACUACGAGACAUUCCGAGCGAACGAAUGGCGAGAUGGACGAGGCGAGCGGAUUGGUUUUCACGGGCGAUGGAGUGAUGAUAACAGGUGACGAAGACGAAGUUGCGCUCAAGGUGAACGAUGAGCUCGAAAAGGUUGGAGAAAAGAUCGAGCUUUUAGGCCAGAAAAUGUUCGUGGGCGCGGGAAAGAUACUGAAUCAAGUGAAAGAGACGACUCGAGAUGCCAUCAAGGAGACGCACGAAGCGAUCAAAGAGACGAGAGAUGCGUUCGCAAAAGAUACAAAGCCAAAACGUGUGCGAGACGAAUUCGCUCUUAGUGUGCACGCGAUUCAGAGAGAUUCGAGAACCUAUUGCGACGAACCCAAAGAGAAAGAGCUUUACAAACGUUUUAGGGGAGAGUUUACCAUCGGUACUCGAGUACGAGAGAUCUCCACCGUGCUUGACUCGAACAACUUUAUGAAAGAACUCUUUGCACGAAUCGUUCCAACAGUUGUCGAUGAAGACACGUUCUGGUGCCGAUACUUUUUCAAGAUUUACGAAUUAGAGAUAGAGUUCGGACGAAAAGAAUUACCUGAAAUACCGGUCAAAGGUGGAACCGAGAGUGAAAGCAACGAAUCUGCGCAAGAACUUUCUGUGAAAGAAGGCAACAAAGUACACGCGCGCGUCGCAUCUCUUGCGACAGACGAAGAAGAAUUUGAUUCUGACUCUAGCCUAGCGAAAAAUGAGUGGACCAAGAUCAAACAGCGUUCCAGCGAUGCUGCGGCAACGAGUUCCGAAGAUGGCCCAGAAACGACUCCUGACGACGAUACUCCGAUUGAUGACGCUGACACUGACGAGAUUGAUGAAGACUGGGGUCUCUCGUAA